AUUCAUUAAAAACAUUAGGUACAAUACAACCCGGUGAAAUAUCCCAAAGACUCAUAACGUGCAGAGAAAUGGUCCGAGUUAAAAGGGUUUUCUGGUAUUUACCGAUGGCCGAAGCCGAUGCGAGGCUGUUAUUGACAAAGCAAUAAUUUAUUAGCUCGCCGGUGAGCGAAUUCUUUGUUAGAGAGAAAUGCUAUUCUUGUCCGAAAAUCAGCUCAUUCCAGUUGAUAGAUAGUAGAUUCGGGGAAGCACGAGUCAGAAGUCGAUGAUUGUAUCGAUUGAAAUGCAUGACAUGGCGCGUAAAGCUGGACUGAGCUGUUGAUAACGCGUCAAGACUGAACAAUGAGGAGGAAGAAAGGAGCAGCAUCCUCUAAUCAUGUGGGUCCCUCGGAGUCAGACACUAUCAUUCCAGAGACUCCCGAAACCCAACGUCCAUCAGGAUCAGCGCUCUCCACUGCCCUUUCUGACUCUGACUCUGAUAUUGAGAUCUUAGGCAGUUCCAUGAUGCCAGUCAGGCAAGAAGAGCCUGAGAAAAUAGUGCUGUCAUCUGAUGAUGAGAUAUCACUGUCUGAUGAAGAGGAAGUAACUGUGGUGAAGACUGAGAGGAGGCCGAAGCACAGCAGAACAACGAGAUCUACCUCAAAAGCUCUAAAAACACGACAGAAAGGAUCACGUAUGGUGACCAAUAGUGCGCGCCCCUCGCCCCUGAAGACGUCUGGGAUGGCAGCGUCUGAUUCGGUCCACGAGAGGAGACAGCAGCAGAUGUGUGGCGCUUCCCAGGAGAGCGACAGCUCCCAUCGCAGGAGAAAGAGGCGGGCUUCUGCGGUGGAUGAUUCAGAGGAGGAGGGGCCUGAGCCGAGAUCUAAAGAUCAGGAACGUAUGCUGAGAAAACUCCAGAGGAAGUUUCCCCAUCUAAACAAGAAUGAACUCAGGGAUGUGCUUCAGGAACAUAGCUGGCUUAUUGACGAUGCCUUGGAAACACUACGAAUGUUCUCUGACCUUGAAGUUGAGUCUGAGGAUGACACCUCUCAAAUUUCCACUGCUGCCAAACGCACCAGACGGGGCGCAAGUACCCAUCAACAAACUCAGGUUGUCCAACUUCCCAGCCGACCCCAACCAAAACCACACAGACCUCUUGACGGGACCAAACCAUCUCAGAGGAGUGCAAAGCAGUCGGUAGUGACCAAAACCAUAUAUGUGAGCUCAGAGGAGGAGUGCAGUGACUCUGAGGCCUCUUUGGUGAAUGUAUUACUGGACUCUGACUCUGACCAAUCAGAUGAAACCCUAUCCAAACUCAAAUCUGAGAUCCUCAGCUUCUUUCAGACCGCUUCUGUGGAUGAGCUCACACUCAUUGCAGGAUGCUCUUUGAAGAAGGCUCAGAAAAUCACAGAGCUGAGACCCUUUAAAACAUGGAAAAACCUGGAUGACGCCAUGCACAGAGGAAACGGUCUUUCCACUGAGCUGCUGACAGGAUGUAGGGAGGUUCUGAAGGAAAGGGAAGUUGUUAAAGGUCUCAUGAGCAAGUGUGAGGAGAUAUCGGUAAAACUGAUCCAAGACGUGACCCAAGUGAUGAACAAGGGCCCGGGCUCUAUGAGCCAACCCCAGAUCCUCACUAGCACAUUCCAGCUGAAACCGUACCAGCUGAUUGGACUGAACUGGCUGGCUUUACUACAUCAGAACAAACUUAGUGGAAUCCUGGCAGAUGAGAUGGGUUUGGGGAAGACCAUUCAGACCAUCUCGUUUCUGGCCCACCUUUAUCAGGAAGGGAACCAUGGGCCUCAUCUCAUCACCGUUCCUGCUUCUACACUUGAUAAUUGGGUUCGGGAACUGAAUCUUUGGUGCCCCAGGUUCAAAGUGCUGAUAUAUUAUGGUAAAACCAAGCCUUUUUUAAAUCUUUUACAGGUGAAGUUCAUUCAUUCAUCCACUCAUUUAUUUAUUGCCUCUCUCUCUCUCUCCAUCAUUGUCUCCACUUACAACCUGGCUAUUGGAAAUAGCAGUGACCGCAGCCUGUUCUGCAAGCUCAAGCUGGAGUAUGCUGUGUUCGAUGAAGGCCACUUGCUGAAGAACAUGAACUCGCUGCGCUACCGACACCUCAUGGCCAUCAACGCUAAAUAUCGUCUGCUGCUCACUGGAACCCCGCUGCAAAACAACCUACUGGAGCUCAUGUCUCUGCUCAACUUCAUCAUGCCCAAUAUGUUCUCCAGCAGCACCUCACAGAUCUCAAAGAUGUUCUCCAUGAAAUCUUCAGAGGAGCAGAGCAGCUUCGAGAGGGACAGGAUCACCCAUGCCAAGCUCAUCAUGAAACCCUUCAUCCUCAGACGUGUGAAGAGCGAGGUCCUGAAGCAGCUGCCUGCCAAAGAGGAGCAGGUUGAAUUUUGUGCCAUGUCCGAGAAGCAGCAGGAACUCUACAACGCUCUUUUCCACAAACUGAAGCGCUCCAGUAAUGGGGAAAAACGCGAGCUGACCAAUGUGAUGAUGCAGCUGAGGAAGAUGUCCAACCACCCGCUUCUUCACCGGCAAUAUUAUACCACAGAAAAACUCAAAGCUAUGAGCAGACUCAUGCUCAAGGAGCCGAGUCACCGUGAUGCAGAUCCCGCUCUCAUCAAAGAGGACAUGGAGGUGCUCUCGGACUUUGAGUUGCACCGCCUCUGUCAGCAGUAUUCUGCACUGCAGGAAUACCAGCUCGAUACAGACAUACUGCUGGACUCGGGGAAGCUCGGCCUCCUCGCACAGCUGCUGAACUCCCUGAAGGAGAAGGGUGAUCGAGUGGUGCUCUUUAGCCAGUUCACAAUGAUGCUUGACAUUUUGGAGGUGUUCCUGAGACACCAUAAGCACAGAUACAACCGACUGGACGGUUCAACCCCCAUGAGUGACAGAAUUGGGCUGAUUGACCAGUUCAACACAGACCAGGAUAUAUUUGUGUUCCUGCUGUCCACCAGAGCCGGAGGACUAGGCAUUAACCUGACUUCAGCCAAUGUGGUCAUCCUUCACGAUAUCGACUGCAACCCUUACAAUGACAAACAGGCAGAGGGACGCUGUCACCGGGUGGGACAAACCAGGACGGUGAAGGUGAUCAAGCUGAUAAGUAAGGACUCCAUAGAGGACACCAUGCUCCGCAUUGGAGAAAGAAAACUCAAACUAGAGCAGGACAUGACCGCAACUCAGGAGGGUGAAGAGGACUCAUUACCUGAUGAUAUGACCUCGCUGCUCAAAGCUUCUCUUGGACUCUGAAAGCUGGCUCAUAUUGUGACACUUGACGGAAUCUGAAAGAAAAAAAGUACUGUAGCAGACCCGAGUUUGAUUUUUCUAUACUGCUCGCAAAAAAAUAUGAGGUUCAAAGGAGCAGAUGUGUUUACAUUUCUACUGUUCGUGGCAAAAAAUACUGUAAUAUUGUGGUGAUGUUGGUGUUUGUUUGAUAGUUUUUGUAUUCA